AUGGAAGCAAAUAAGCCUCGGCAGCAGCAGGAGGAGGAGGAGCACAAGGCCAUGAGCAAGGAGCAGACGGCGAUGAAGGCCGUCUCCGAGGAGGCCGGGUCGUCGUCCUCGGACGCCGGCGACGGCGAGGAGGAGGCGGGCGCCGUCCACAACCACCGCGGAUGGAAGGCCAUGCCGUACGUCAUAGGGAACGAGACGUUCGAGAAGCUCGGGACGAUCGGCACGCUGUCGAACAUGCUGGUGUACCUGACGACGGUGUACCACAUGCCGAGCGUCAACGCCGCCACCCUCCUCAACGUAUUCUCCGGCACCAGCAACCUCGCCACCGUCCUGGGCGCCUACGUCAGCGACACCUACCUCGGCCGCUACACCACCAUCGCCGCCGCCACCAUGUCCUCCUUCGUCGGCAUGCUCAUCCUCACGCUCACGGCCGCCAUCCACACCCUCCACCCUCCCGCGUGCAGCGCGUCCAAGGGGCAACAGUGUGAGGGCCCCACUGGGUCCCAGCUCGCCGCCAUCCUGGUGUCCUUCUUCUUCCUGGUCGUCGGUGCGGGAGGCAUCCGGCCAUGCAACCUCGCCUUCGGGGCCGACCAGUUCAACCCGCGCACCGCCGACGGUCGUCGCGGCAUCGCCAGCUUCUUCAACUGGUACUACUUCACCUUCACGGUCGCCAUGAUGCUCUCGGCAACCGUCAUCAUCUACCUCCAGAGCAACGUUAAUUGGGCGCUAGGGCUCGCCGUGCCCGCCGCGCUCAUGGGCCUCUCAUGCGCCGUCUUCUUCAUGGGCACGCGCCUCUACGUCCGUGUACGCCCCGAGGGCAGCCCCUUCACAAGCUUCGCCCAAGUCCUCGUCGCCGCAGCCCGCAAGCGCCACCUCCGUCGGGCUCGCGGCGACGCCGAGCUGUUUGACCCACCGCACCAGAGUAAGCUCGUCUCCAAGCUGGCAUACACCGACCAGUUCGCGUGCCUCGAUAAAGCGGCCGUGCGGACCCCCGACGACGCGUUGUGCGUCGACGGGAAGACGCCGGCAGACCCAUGGCGGUUGUGCACGCUGCAGCAGGUGGAGGAGGUCAAGUGCCUGGCGCGCAUCAUUCCGGUGUGGUCGUCGGGGAUCGUCUACUUCAUCGUGCUCACCCAGCUGGGCACCUACGUCGUGCUCCAGGCCGCGCAGAUGGACCGCCGGAUCAGCAAGUCCAGCAGCUUCCAGAUCCCGCAGGGCUCCUUCGUCGUCUUCCAGAUGCUCGCCCUCACGACGUGGAUCCCUGUCUACGACCGGUUCGUGGUGCCGGCGCUCCGCCGCUUCACGAAGCGCGAGGGCGGCAUCACCCUGCUCCAGCGGAUCGGCGUCGGGUUGGCGUUGUCCGUGGCGACGAUGGUGGUCUCAGCGGCCGUGGAGCAGCGACGACGGAAGGUCGGCUCGUCGAUGUCGUGCUUCUGGCUGGUGCCGCAGCAACUGCUGGCGGGCCUGUCGGAGGCGUUCGGCGCCAUCGGGCAGAUUGAAUUCUACUACCGGCAGUUCCCGGAGAACAUGCGGAGCGUGGCGGGGGCGCUCUACUUCCUGGGGUUCGCCAUGGCGAGCUACGCAAGCGGGCUGAUGGUGAUGGUGGUGCACCGGGCGACGCGCGGGCGGGACGGUCAGCCUGACUGGCUGGCGCAGGACCUGGACGAGGGUAGGGUGGACCUAUUCUACCUGGUCACCGCCGCCAUCGCCGCCGUGAACCUCGUCUACUUUGUGAUCUGUGCACGGUGGUACAGGUUCAAGAAGUCCGACGAUGCCGGCGCCGGAGAUGUGGAGCUCGACGACGACGGCCCGAAGAAGGCUGGCGCUGGUUUAGCUUAG